UCGGGGCUUGUCCUCCACGGUGCCUGAGGGGUGUCGGGGUACUAAAGACCUCGAUCGCCAUGGACAAGGGAGGCGGGGCCGGCGGCGAGGACGCCGCUGAGAAAAAGAAGCCGGCGGGGGUUGAGGACGCCGGUGAGACGAAGAAGCCCGCCGACGACAAGGCACCACCGCCACCCAGCAUGGACCCCGAGUACGUGGAGUUCACCUCCUCGCUCCAGAGCGCCUCGGCGCGAAGCAGUUCGACCGUGCCCCCCGAUUCCGCCAGCGAAAGCGGAACUGCACUGCACACUCGGCUGGCGGAGGUGCUGAACGAGAAGCUGCUGGACCCGCUCUUGGACACUUACCGCCAAGGAACCGAGAUGAUGCAGACGAACGUCGUCGCUCCGGUCAGCUACGCGUACUCACAGAUGACUGCCGACAACGCUGCUGGACUCGUGCAGACACACGUCGUGGACCCUGUGAACCAGGCGUACCAGGACAUGUCAGCCAAGGCGACGGAACUAGUGCAGACGCACGUGAUGGACCCGGUGAACCAGGUGUACGAAGGAGCACCGGCUUACUUUCAGAACACCGUGGUGGACCCAAUCAAGGAUGCAUACAACCGCGCAGCCGACAUGUAUGACGCGAACGUGAUCAAGCCUGCUGCUAAAGCUGCCGGAAGCUUCACCGACUUCCUGAAGAGCUACGGCGUCUGGCAGGACGACAAAGGUGCAGGAAGGACAGAGGGCCACAAGGAUGGGGCCCAUAAAGGCGAACAUAAAGGUGAAGGACACAAAGGCGGUGAGCCCAAAGGUGUGGAUCACAAAGGUGGGGACCACAAAGGCGGCGACUCGAAGCCACCAAAAACUGAGGAGCCUCGUUCCCCACCGAAGUCACCAGAAGCUCCGAAAGUGUCCGAACCUCAAAAGAACGCCACCGAGCUGCCGUUGAAGCCGGCGCUCAAGCGACGGGACUCGUUGACGAACGCGCCACACAAGCGGGCCGACCACGGAGGCGACGGGGGCGCAGGAGUCAGGAGCCCCGACCGGCAAGCCGAGGGCGGCAAGGGCGGCGCCGAGGCCGGCCACAAGGUCAAGUUCGGCUACGAGGAGGUGCGCACGCUGCCGCCGGAGAAGAAGCGCAACAAGCACGACUUCAACGAGUUUGUCGAAGACCAGCUGGGCAAGAUCAGCACCAAGCCGACGUCACAGAAAGAGUCCAAGGAGUUUAUCGACACCAUGAUGAAGGAAGCCAUGGAAGCUAAAUCCCGGGAGGAGAAGAAGUGGGAACCGAAACUAGCGGAAGAGCCGGAUCUCGCGAAGACCGUGGGGAAGGCGGCGGUUACCGGUAAGAGCGUUUCCGGUUGGGUGGCCUAGCCCGGAAGAGAUGCACGAGUACCGGAAGUUCCA